AUGGCCAAAGGUAAAAGUAACAACAUUAAGAAAUCAUUCAGGAAUAAUGGUAAGAAUGUUAAGGAUCGCAAGAACAUAAAGGGUAAAUUAUCAUCGCAGGUGAGGAAGAGCACUAAACAUAAAGUUGAAAAGCUCAACAAGUUGGAGGUGAUUUCCAGUGACGAUAUCAAUGCAUUGAAUGCACUCAACGGUAAGAAAAGAGAGAAACAGACUAGUGUAUUAGAAGCCAAGACUUUGGCCAAGGAUAACUUGAAGGAUCGUCAACUUAUAGAGAAGAUUGAAAGUAAGAAAAAAGAGACAAACGCUAGUCUUUUACAGCAGAUCGAGAUGAUGUCUGGCUUUUCAUUAUAG